CCCGCCGUGGCGGGCGGCACGUGAUGUGGGCGGGGCGGCGGCGGCCGGGAAGGGACGCGGCGCAGUUGUCUCUUAAUCAGGCAAAAUGGUUUUGAAGAAGAAGAAGGAAGUUCAGGUAGAUGCAUUCUUCCUUGAUCAUCAGCAGCUCGAAAAACUUCAGAGGUUUUCAAAGGCUGAAGAGCAAAACCUGGCAUCUCUGCUUCUGCACUGUGCGCAGCUGAGCAGUGGCAUCCAGCAGAUACAGUGUAUUAAACAAAUUACGCCAUUGGUGAAGAUGAUGAAUCAAAACCCUGCAAGUGAUCCUAUGGCUAAAGCUUGUUUGGAUGUUUUGGGAGAGACAUAUUUUUCACUGGGUGUGAAGAAUCCAUUGAAAAAAGUAUUAGCAAGUUCACUAAACGGUCUUCCUGAACAGUUGAUGACGUUGGCUCUACAAAGCUUUGUGUGCUGCCUUCGGGAAGAACUGAAAACGACAGACGUGUAUUUGUACAGGAAGGUGCUGGACAACCUUGCUUCCUGUAUGGUGGACUUCAGCUUAGGUAGAGCAAGUAUUAAGAACCUGUUUGAAGAAGUUCUUCAGUUUCUGCAGAAGUCACUAAUUGACAUACAGGAAGAAAACAGGCAAAAUCAUGGAAAUCAUAUUGUUCAGACUCAGCUGAUGCAUGAUUUACUGAUAGCCAUUAAAGUUUCAAUGAUGCUUGUGCAAAAAUUACAGGAAAAUAUACAGGGAGGUCUUUGGGAACACCAUGAGUCUUCUGUUUGGCAAAGUAUGUGUAGUUUACUUAAAAGCUCCACAAACUUCCUAAUGGAUGCAACUCUCCUGCAAACUGUUCAGACUACCUCAGGACUGGCUGUUAUUCUGUUUAUCAAAGCUAUGUAUGAGCCAGUUGAAGAAUUACCUUCCUUGGUCAGUGACUUGCUUCUUGGGUCAGUGAAACCCGCAGGUGUGCCAGUGUGGUUUGUGAGUACCUGUGGGACGCUGUGUACGGAACAACUCCCUGACUCGGUCCGUCUCUUUCUUUGCCAUGGAGCCCUGGCCAUGCUGGAAUGGAAGAAUGGCAGCAUGGGUGAAAAUGGAGAGAAACUGUUAUUAGAUAUUGUAUCGGUCUUGCUGUCUUUGAGUUCAGAGUUGAAAGAAUCCAGUAUGGCAACGUCUUUGUCUAGAAUCCUUGCUAUUUGGACUAAUUCAGCACUGGCUGCCCUCAUUUCAGGCUCCCCAAAUCUAAAAAUCAAGCUUAAUGGGAACUCAGAUGUAAUUGGGAAUGUCUUGGAAUACGUUUACACACACUGGGAACACCCUCUGGAUGCUGUUAGGCACCAAACCAAAUUGAUAUUCAAGAAUCUUCUUCAGAUACAUCGAACCACCAUUGCAGAUUCCAAUGAAAAAUCAGACCCAUUCUUUGAAAGGUUGAUAAAACGUUUAUUAAGCUUGGAAUGGCAUGUAAAAGGGAAAUAUGCUUCUCUCGGCUGUCUUGUGGAGUGUGUGGGCACUGAAAACAUACUGCAGUUGGACAGAACAAUUCCAGUACAAAUCUUGGAUGUGAUAAGUGAUCAGUCUCUUGCACCCUAUGCUAGUGAUCUUUUGGAAACCAUGUUUACAAAUCACAAAACCCAUUUUACUUUGAGUUUUCAAGAAAGCACCUGGAUUGACCAGUGGCACGACAUCUGGGUUUCUCCUCUUCUGGUAAUACUGUGUGAAGGGAACCAUGACCAAACUACUUAUAUAAUAGAUUACUAUUUACCAAAGCUGCUCAAGCGUAGCCCUGACAGUCUGAGCUACAUGAUUCGAAUUCUUCAGGCUUCUGCAGAUGCUAAUCUAGGCUCUCGCAGUACCAGAGGAGCUCUUGGAGCACUGAUGGCAUGCCUAAGAACAGCCAGGGCACAUGGACACCUGGAACUUUUGAGUAUCAUAAGCAGUGGUCUUGUAUCCACUGAACGUAUAAAACAAGGUCUAGUCCAUCAGCACAACCAGGUUUGCAUUGAUGCUUUAGGUUUACUUUGUGAAACCCAUCGUAGCACGGAAAUUGUGUCUAUGGAGGAAAUGCAGCUAAUUCAAUUUUUCAUGAUGUACAACUUGAACAGCCAGUCUCCUGCAGUAAGGCAACAGAUAUGUUCUUUACUGAGAAAGUUAUUUUGUAGGAUACAAGAGAGUUCCCAGGUGCUUUUUAAGUUGGAGCAAAGUAAAAGCAAGCAAGAGUUACUUGAAAACUCGACUAAAAGGCAGCCUUUGGGGAUUUUGCAGCAAUAUAAAGAUUUCAUGUCAUCUGUAUGUGACAAACUUUUUGAGGCACUAUUUCCUGGUUCAUCACACCCAACCAGAUUUUCUGCACUGAGUAUUUUAGGAUUAAUAGCAGAAAUAUUUUCUGCUCCAAAAGGCCAGGCACAAGUUUUCCAGUUGGAGCAGGUGAUUGAUUCUGUUCGUGUCCAAACUUUGAUCCAGUGUUUUGCCAGCACUUUUGAGGAAGUAAAAGUUCUGGCGUUUGGGCUUUUGAUGAAACUACGUGAUAGUGCAUUUAAUUUACAGGAUUCUGCAAAUCUAGAUCUCCUAUUCCAAGCAGCAAUGGAUCUUAGCACAAGUACCAAGCCAUAUGAUUGUGUCACUGCUUCAUAUUUGUUUAACUUCUUAAUACAUCAUAAAGGACUACAGCAUAUUUGUUUAGGAAAAUGGGUUGAGCAUAACCCCCAGGUGGAUGAAAACACCUCAGUAGGUACAGUGGAGAAGAACACUUUAGCAGUUAUCAAACUUUUGUUGGUGAAUGUUGAAGAAGAAAUAUUUCAAGCUAAGAACUCUCUGCUUCGAGCAGCAGCAUCGUUCCCAAUGUAUGGGAGAGUGCAUUGUAUAACUGGGGCUUUGCAGCAAUUAUCUCUUAAUAACUUGACAUUGGUAGCUGAAUGGAAGGAAACGGUGGCAAGGCUCAUUUUGAUGUCAUACAAGCUCUCUGCUGUAGUAUCACCAGUAGUGCAGAGCUCAUCACCAGAAGGUCUUAUUCCAAUGGAUAGUGAUUCAGAAAGUGCAGAUCGCCUGCAGAUGAUUCUACAUGAGAUACAACCACAGGACACGAAUGAUUAUUUCUUGCAAGCAAAAAUUCUGAAAGAACACUGCAAAGUAGAGUCUGGAAAGCAGGCUGACCACAGGCCAAUGGAAAAUAUUUGCGCAGAAAUGAGAGGUAAAGAAAUGCAGACAUGUGAUGUCACAGCCCAAAUGGUUCUUGUAUGUUGCUGGAGAAGCAUGAAGGAAGUAUCUCUGCUCUUAGGGACACUGUGUAAACUUUUGCCUUCACAGGCUGCAUCUGAACCUUCAGAUGGGCUCAUUACUGUAGAACAGGUUAAAAAUAUUGGGGAGUACUUUAAACAUCAUCUGCUGCAAUCAAGGCACAGAGGUGCAUUUGAACUGGCGUAUGCUGGCUUUGUGCAACUUACGGAAAUGCUUUCCAGGUGUAACAGUGAGAGUCUGCACAAGAUGCCAGAGGAGUGGCUAAGCAGUGUGUUAGAAGAAAUUAAAUCUUGUGAUCCUUCGUCUACAUUAUGUGCAACCAGACGGAGCGCAGGAAUUCCAUUCUAUAUCCAGGCUUUGUUAGCUUCAGAACCGAAGAAGAAAACAGAUUUGCUGAAAAUGACAAUGAAAGAAUUGAUAUCUUUAGCUGCACCUUUGAAUGAACCAUCCAGCGUAAUUCCACAGGUUCAUGCUUUAAAUAUCCUUCGAGCACUGUUUAGGGAUACACGUUUAGGUGAAAACAUCAUGCCUUAUGUUGCAGAUGGAAUGCAAGCAGCAAUUUUAGGUUUUAUGUCACCUGUCUGGGCAGUAAGAAAUUCAUCUACACUUCUUUUUAGUGCUCUGAUUACAAGAAUUUUUGGGGUUAAAAGAGGGAAAGAUGAAAAUUCCAAAAAAAAUAGAAUGACAGGAAGAGAGUUUUUUUCUCGGUUUCCAAGUCUUUAUCCUUUCCUUCUCAAACAGUUGGAGGUUGUAACCAAUACUUUGAACAGUGAAGCUGAAGAGUUGAAAAUCCAUCCUAGCUUGUUCCUUUUGCUUUUAAUCCUGGGGAGGCUGUAUCCAUCUCCAAUGGAUGGCACUUACUCAGCGCUCAGCAUGGCACCGUUUGUCCCAUUGAUUAUAAGGUGUGGGCACUCUCCUGUCUACCGUUCCCGUGAGAUGUCGGGUCGGGCCCUCGUUCCAUUUGUUAUGGUGAAUGAAGUGCCACAUACAGUGCUGUCCUUGCUGGAGGGGCUUCCAGACCCCACCAGUCCUUGCAUACGACAGAAUUAUAUUCAUGGAACGCUUCUGCAAGUUUUUCACUUGCUGCGGUCGUACUUCGAUUCAAAACAGCGCGUUAGUUCCGACUUUGAGCAGCGAUUGGAUGACAUCAUUACCUGUAUAGGAACUAAACUGUGGCUGGCUAAAAGGCCAAAUCCUUGUUUGGUGACCAGAGCUGCCUAUCUUGAUGUCCUUGUGCUGCUGAGUACUCACCUGGGGGAGUUUCAAAAGCAGGGAAUGCGGUUGUUUGGAUUUUGGGAAGAGGUGAACAAAGUUAUUUCAGAUUCUGAGUUGGUGUCUGGUAUCCCCUACUCGUCAGCAGUGCCCGGACUGAUACAGUAUCUGGAGAGCAUCACCAAGCUUGUGCUGUCAGUGCUGUCGGUGACUGCAGGUCCUGACAUCCAGAGCAGCAGUUCACCUGUUGCAAAGCGAAUUGCCAAACCAGCGCUGUCAAUAGCUCAUCUCCUCCAGUGUGAGUUUCAUGAAGUACGUCUGCUUGCGUUGGAAGCAGCGCUGCUCUGGUUGAAGCAAAUAAAUUCCAAGCAGAUUGCAGAAGGAGGAGGUGUGUUGUGUUUACUCACUGAUUUUGAAGGCACUCUUCUCACAAUGGCUCUGAAGGAAAAGAAUUUCCAAUGUUUUUGCAAGGUGCUGGAAAUUCUUUAUAAUAUGGAUCUCAGAAAUGUGCUUCCAAAGACUGAAGGCACUAUAAAAAUGAAUCCAAAUGAGCUCUUAACCUGGAGUUUAAAUGUUAUAGAUAUCUCCAACAGCACUGAAGUUCAAAGCAUAGGUCUCAAAUUUGCCUCCAAGUUGGUCCUCCAUCUUUUGCAGAACCAUCAGCAGAUUUCAGAAGAAGUCCUGAAAAAGUGGGUUCAACUGAUAGUUGAUUUUUGUGGAGAUGAGCAACAGACAGAGAUGCUGUUAGCAGCUGCUGAAGUGCUUAAAAGUAUCACAACUUUUCUUCUGAUCAAUGAGAAGCUCAUUCUUGGACUGUCUGAUACCCUUGCUCUGUGGAAAUGUGUGAUUCUACUGCUGCAGAAUGAAGAUUUGAUAGUAAGGGAUACUGCUGCUGAGGUUAUACAGGUGGCACAGUAUGAAAAAAAGAGCAGUAAAGAAACAGAGAUUUGAUGGAGUAGCUACAAAAAGCACAAAUUCAGAACUUGUGUGCAUGAAGAGCUGUGCUGAAACUGCCGUCUGGAGCUCUUCCACCAGCCAGCCUGAAAGGGGAGGUUGGUUGCUAGUGCUGUGGAUGGUUACAGCUGCGUGCAGAAGAUGGAACAUCUUCAUUCUGGAUACAUGACAUCAACUGCUAUGAUGCGGAAGGUUAAGAUCUUAAGAUCUUCCCACAAAUGGAUCAGUUUCAGGGCCUUCCUACUGCCCCGAGUAGGAAAAAACCAGCAGAUUGGAAAAAACAUUUUACAAGUACUUAUUGCCAUCCAUGAUUUUCAAGCUACCUCGAGAGUCUCUUAUAAUUUUGGAAUGUGUUGGUCAGAAAAAUCUCCCAGUCGGAUCUUGUGAUAUACCACGGGUACUUGGGAACAGUCCAGAAAUUCUCACAGCAUCAUCUGGGUUACUAAUGGAAAACUGCUAAUCAUGUUAGCCAAAAUAUGUUUAUGUUCCUUGUAUUGGGGACAAGUGGAAGGAAGGCUAAUGUGGUGUGUUUUUUCUGGGAUCAGCUCCAGGAUUUCUUGAUAACUGCAUUCUGGUAACUAGAUGCACAGCUCACUAAAAAGAACUGGAUUUCUAAGCCUGCUAUGAAAGAAGAGUCUUUUGAGCUGAAUGUUAGGAUUUAAAUGGGAGGUGGCAUUUAUCCAAAUGGCCUUUAAGUGGUCGAAAGCAGAAAAGUCACAUAGAUGAGACCCAUCUAGGCAGAAGAGAAUACGAUAAAGAUGCGCUACAAUCAAAACCAGAAAAACCUCACAGCAAAGCAGAGCUGCUCCUGGCGCGGAACAAGAUGAUUUUUCUACAAAAGAAGUCAACUUUAAAAAGAUAGUGCAUGACGUUUAUGUAAUAGCCUAAGAUAAAAGCAAUACUUGUUGCAACCUUGUUGGAGAGGUGUAAAAUAGUGGCAGUAGUUUGCAGCAUUAUAUUCCAGCAUGGUGAAGGACUUUGUUUUCAGGUACACUGUAAGGUGGUAAUGCCUCUUUGGUUAUGUUAGAUAAGGCGUGCUGAGGCCAGGAGGAAAGGUCAAACAGUUGCUUGUGUGUUCUGGGAAUCCUGUGAAGCAGGUCCCAGCGAGGGAGGCAGUGGGCGUGCUGCUGAGAAUUACUAGAACACUGCACCGUGAAGUGCACCCAAAUGGGACUAAAAGUACUGUAAAGCAUCACCCACCACUUAUGCUCUCUGUAAUUGUGGGAUCAUAAGUAGAAUGGGGUUCACAGAGAAAAAGGACGUUUUGUCCUUAAAAUGUUGAACGUUCAGCCCUCCGUGUAAGGGACAAUACCUCUGGCUGCAUCUUUUUUCUCCUUUCCAUUUGUUUAAUGGCAAAUACUUCCUUACGCACAUGCACAGAGUAGGAUUUAUGCAGGGAGACAGAUGUGUAAUGAUGACCAUUGAAAUCCCAGCAAACUAAAUAGAUGGGAAAUACCUGUGCCAGUUGGUGACUACCUGCUGACUGUGUUGACCUCACAUUUAAGAAGUUUGUUCCAGAAAGCAAAAUGACACGUGGUAGAGAUUAUGAAAUACUUACUGUGGCUAGAAACUAUAAUUUGAGGUUUUUUACAUCUGCUGUAAUAGUUCUAAGAAGGUAACAAUUACAGGUCAGUUGCAAGGAUGAAAGAAUUGAGGUCUAUAAGUGUAAAUGAAUUCAUCUGGUCUUUCUGCCAGAAUAAACUGAGGGCUGUUUCAGGAACAGAUUUGACCUGUAGGAUAGUCAUAUAAUAUUUUCAUGGUAAUAGGUAUAUUUUAGGUCUUUUAUUUCUUUUGGGUCUUUUUUUCUUUUAUAUCUGACAUUCUAGUUUAUACCCUAAAAAUACCUCCUGUUGUUUUGAAAACUUUUGGAAUAUCUGAUUGGGAAGUAAUUGAGAUCUUUCAGAUUGCGUUUGUAAUAUGAUUGUUUCCUGUUUUAAUGUUAGGUCUUGAAUAAUGUUUAGCUAUUGUUCCUGGAUACAAAGGAGAAGUUGGCUGACAAAGAUAGAAAAUGGGCUUAAAUAUUUAUGUACAGAAUACUCACUGGUAAUUACCUUUGGGCUCAGGAACUCAUCGCUGCAUAUGUUGUCUGCCUUUGUAUCUAUGUUGUUGUUUUUUUCCUGAUGCCAGCUCUUUAAUCACAAAGCCAGAGUAGAGGAAGGCUGUUUGCUAUCCACAGCUUACCUACUAAACUUGGAGUCUUUGUGUCUUAGUAAAAUAUUAAUGAAGAACCAUUUACUUGAAGCCAAAGUGAAUUCGCACCCUCCUGCAGUUGUUUAUGAAAAUCCCUAAGCUUAUGAAACCAGGUUUUCUGAUACAUGCUGUGAAGGUGUUGUCCCUGGUAGCUUAACAAAUGUGUGCCCUUUUGAUACAAGCAAAAUAGCACCACUUUGAAUCAUCUGCUUUUAAAACAUUGCACUUUAUUUCUGAGAGGCAUUUUAGUGCUAAAAACAAGAACAAAAUAUGUAUGUUUUACUGUUUUGUUUUUUCUUUACUCCUGGAUUGAUUAUAGAAAAAGUAAGUAGCAGUGUUAAUUGUCUUCAUUGAAAAAAUAGUUUUGCAAGCCAGGCCAGUAAACUAUGCAAAAUCAGCCUCUCUAGGAGUAAAUAAAUACUGAAGGUCUGACCACAUUGUUCUGAGCAGAGCUAUUUCAUGCUUUCUCUGAACAACCUAAAAGGCAGAAGAGCUCGUGCUUUGGAUGUCUUUGGAACAGAAGUACUCUCUUCACAAGAGACUCAAAGAAUGUCAAGGAAUGCCAGGUGGAAGUCAAUAGUAUUAUCUGCCCUGGGUUGACUAGUUCUUACAGUUGUGGUCAUUCUUUGUUGCAUUUGUUUUGUUUUUUAUAGCUAGCAUUCUGUAUUGCUAAUUGUGGGCGUGCCAAGAAUCAACCAAAAUGUUCAGCUUUUUAAUCAUAUCUAGACUUCUGAAAUACAAUUUUAACAGUUAUUUAGAGACAUAGUAGAGGUCCCACAAUAUACAAAGGUUGCAGGUCCUGGCCUGCAGUCUGUAUGACAGUUUGCUACUGUGGUGAGCUCUUGUUAUACCAAGGUUCAAAUGUAUUAUUUGAAUAACAUGACUCCAAUUUUAUUGGUUAAAAAAAGCUGAGAUAAAACUUGCAAUAAUAGUGUUGUAGCUUGUCCUUCAUCUAUAAAAAUGAAGUCUGAGCACAAAUUGCAUUGUUUUGCUAACCAGUUGCUGCAAUUCUCAAAGUUUAUUAAUGCUGCUCUUUCUAUUGCACUAUUGCUAUAAAAGGGUAAAGCUGUCCAAAGGGAAGUCCAAUGGCUGCCAACCUGAGCAAUUUGAUAUAGGACAAGCAUUGAAAAAAUGCCUUUUUUUUUUUUUUUAAGCUGGAUUGUGUUGCAAAACAGGAAGAUAAACAACAGUGGCAAAGAAAUCCUGUUACUUCAAGAACUAUUUAAUAACUAGAAGCUGGGAAGAGGGAACAGGGGAAAAAACACCACUGGAAGAAUGAAAAGGAGUUGCAUACCAUUUAAAAUAAAAUUAUUUCCUUUUAUAGGGAGCUCAGUUUCUCAAAGCAUACAUCCAUGCAUUAGAUAUGUUUGAAAAUCAGGAUAUGGAAGUUGGUGUUAUAGUUGAAAGCUGGAACAAGGGGGGUGCUGUUCUAACUGGGACUGUGCACAAAAAGGCUUAGUUACCUGUAACCUGCAUCCACUGCUCUGCUCCUCAGGUUGCUUGAGAUGCAGAAGUCCAAAUGAAUAUAGCCCAGCAUUUCUGGUGUUUUGGGUGUCCUGAACAUUGCCUUCAUGUACAGUGCAGCUGAGAACCAUAUUCUAGAAGUUCUGGUCUGAAGGAUUUGAGAGAACCCUGGCUAGGCACACCCGUACACACAUGGCGCUCUUUAUAAAGGCUGAAAUGGGAUAUCUGUUGAAAGCAUGUGGUGGACUGGAGAGCCUGCUAAUUAAAUUUUUACAAGUUUUUGAUUACUUCCAAACCUUUGUUACCUAAUAGCUCUAAAUGGACAAAACUUUAAAAGUCCGUGUCAAUACUGUAGCCAUCUAGUUUGUAGCUGUUCAUAUUUAAGCUACAGAUACGAAAUUCUAGUAUAAUAUCUGUGUUAUACAUAGAAAGAAUACAAAAAUGUAUGCUGAGAAGUGCAUGUAUAAUGCGAUGGGGAAUAAUGUAUUUUUUGUAAAUGUUUUGCUUAUGGAAAACUGUGAUCAACAGCUGUGCAGAGUGAAGGUCUCUCAGCAGCACAGAUUGGACAGAUAUCAAGAGUGCAGAUUUCUUCUUGUUCUGCCUUUUGCAUCACAAGAGAUCACCUCUGCAAGAAUGAGACUGCAAAGCCGCGCAGAGCCCUGUGCAUGGUAUUUGUCCUGUGCAAGGCCUCUGCCCCAUUUCAUGGUGUGCACAUAGGAUAUUGACAUUUAUUUGUAAUGUCAUUUUGCACUGAGAAGUAUUUCACCAAGAAUGAGGAAAUGAUACAUUUCUGCAAGCACUUUUUUGCACACCGAAUUUAGUUUGUGUGUGUUUGUGUGGGAGUAAAAUCAGGAAUAUAAAUACCUUUGCAAACGAACCUAAACCACCAGCUUGUUUUCAG